GAAUGAAAGAAUUUCAAGAAAUAGAAAGAAGUCACUAAUUUAUGCUAGACGGCGUCUUUAUUUUGAGUUUCAAUUGCUUAACUUUAUAAAGGGAAUUUCGAAACUAUAUUAGGUGCCCUUGUAGGAAAUAGCAAUAAUUUGGAUCCAAAAACCAAGCAAAAUGGGUGACCAACAGUUUUUCUUGAAAUGGAAUGAUUUUCAAACGAAUAUGGUGACGUCGUUCAGGCAUUUGAGAGACGAAAAGAGUUUUACAGAUGUGACGUUAGCAUGUGAAGGGCAGACUUGCAAAGCACACAAAAUGGUGUUGUCCGCGUGUAGUCCAUACUUCAAAAGUUUAUUAGAGGAGAACCCGUCGAAGCACCCGAUAAUAAUCCUGAAGGACGUGUCGUACCUGCAUCUGCAAGCGAUACUGGAGUUUAUGUACGCGGGGGAAGUCAAUGUCUCGCAAGAGCAGCUGCCCGCUUUCCUCAAGACUGCCGCCAGACUCAAGGUGAAAGGCCUAGCCGAGCCCCCGCCACAGAUGCCGAGCAUCAAGAGAGAAGGCUAACCUCAGUAAGUGCAAGUGCCCCACAGACUCUAGUGAACGUAACACCAAUGUAACAUACCAACCACAUACUUUACGGUAACUGGCGAUAGACAAGUUUUCUUUUUUAUUUAUAAAUUAGUUUUACACCAGCCAGUUUCAUAAUUAAGUACACAAAAAUGGAAUUCAAUUUGAAUUUCUGUAAACUAAUCUGAUUGGUCAAUUUGUAUUAAAAAAAACCGUAAUAGCAAUUAUGGGCGUUAUUUUUGAAACUGACUCGCCAAGACGCAUGUGUCGAAUGGUUUUUCCUUCAAACGGUUUCAAACGAGUGAUAUGAUUUGAUAGGCGAUUGUUAGCUCUCCUGAUAAAAGCAUCAAAUUGUCACCGGUAUGUCACGAAAUCAAAAAUUGCACUCUAGACCCUGGAACUGAAACUCAGAGAUGAAAGUAAUGCUCUCGCGCUAUUUUGUCAUCAAAACCACUUAAUAUCUGGCUGGUGUAUAAAAGACAAACUUUAUAGAACACGCCUAAGUAAUAGAGCACUGGUAGACUCACAGCUUGGCACUAUUUUCUUUUGUCCAGCUGAAUGAUGCGAAUGUUUCGAAGAUUUAUCUGAAUCUCAGAUGUGAAAUGUGUGUCAAUUUUGAAACAUACCUACCUAUUAUAUUAUAUUACUGUAGACAUGUGAAAUUUAUUUUAAGAGCACUUUAAUAGUUCAGUCGCAAUAUAAAACUUUGACAUUUUACGACUAGUAAACAUUUUGCGACUGAACCCUUUAACACCACAAAAAUAUCUUAGGCGUGACCAAUUUAUUAUCUCAAUACAGUAUUCUGUAUAAUUGAUAGAAAUGCUUUAGCCAAGCAAUAUAUAGUAGUGCCUUUGAAGAUUGCACGUUUAAAUUGAUUUUCACGUUUGGCAGCAUACAUAUUUUUGCAUUUGUAUAGAAAAAAAUACGCUAUAUUUUCUCACAAAUGAUAUGAUCGAGAAAAUCAAAGAUUCUUUCAAUAAAUACUUGUCUUUUGCCAAUAUAGGGAAUCUCUUGUGUAUCGUACAACGUAAAAGUAUAUGAAUCAAACAAUCACAAUCACAACAGAUACAGACUGUUAUAAUAGUUUCCGUGAGUACCAAGAAUAUAUUACAAAGUUUCUAACGGUCUGGCGCAGAAUGCGUACUUCUCAAAAUGUUUAAUUUCAAAAAAUAACUUGUCAAUUCAACUUGUGUUUGACAUCCACAUAUACGAGUGGUAUAAAAAUAAUACAGUUCUGAAAUGUACAAAAUGGGUUUUUUCAAGUUUUCAUGAGAGCUUAAUCAUAUUGCCAACGACGAUAUUGUAUGGAAAAUAACAACGCCUGCGUUGUAGAAAACAGCUCAUCAUUAAAUUCGUCACUAUUACCAUAGUUUAAAUAUCUAUACAGUGUAACUGUACGAGAAAGUAACUAUUAAUUUUCCAUGUAAUUUUUUUACGUUUUCGAAACAUUUGAAGGAGUGAUUUUGCUUCAGACCGUUAUAAGGAUGCAUUUGUAUUUGAUGUUCACAAUACUGUAUCUAUGAUAUAUGGGAGCUAGCAAAUCGUUGAAGCAUAAAUUGUUUUAGCCUUUUCUAACAAAAAAUAUGCUUUUAUGAAUUCUAUUCACUUAGUUAUUUUUGAUACACACAAUAUUCAAUCAACUUUAACUGGUUUUUCUCAAUAACAAGACAUAACUUUUAACAUCUGGGUAUCAUUCGUAAUUAAUGUAAAUAGAAUGAGUGAUAAAUUUCAAAAAUCGAGCGGGAAUUGAACCCACGCCCCUGUCUAUACGGGACGGCGCUCUUAAUCUGAGCUAUCGAGACCAUGCCAGUUUGGCAUUUUUUAAUCUCAUAAUUAUUUUCAAAAUUAGUUAAUAGUACCUGUGUGACGUGUAAGCAAAACAGUUGAAAUUACUAUUUUUAUAUUUUUUUUUUACUAUUAAAAUGAUCUGGGAUUUGCUCUCCCAUAUAAUAUAUGUUAGAUAUAGUUGUUCGUUUAACACUGCAAUAAGCAUUGAUGUGGUAGCAUAGAGUUACAAUACCCACUGUCCCGCUCCAUAAGUUACCUAACAACCAAAGUGUUUAGAAUAAAAACUGGUGUACAACUUCAUUUCGAGAUCCUCGAAGAUGCUGUUAUUUAUAUUUAUACGUUUUUAUGUUUCAUGGGAUAGCCAGAGCCUAAAAAGCCUUAAAAUGUACAAAUAGUGUUUUUACAUUUUGCGCCUCUGGUAGCAAGGGUAAAUUGGAUACCACUCCAAAGGUUUAUAGUAUAAUUUUUCUCUUUCCCACGGAAUAUUUACCAUUUGCAAAUAAGUUAACUUUUUUUUUUCGAAAUCAUUUUAGAACAGGUCUCUCGUAGGAUCACUGUUUUGCUUAGUUUUUGUUUAAAAAAAAUACAAGUUAUAAACAUUCCAAUAAUCCUAGUGUAGAUAACAGCAUUUUGGGGUUAUGACUAUGCUAGCAUAUCAAUGUAUAGUUCGUCCACCAAUGGUUGCCUUACAAUUAUUUACUGAUAAUUGUGUUGCAUGUCUAUUUUAUAUUACAAUAAUAAACACCAGUGAUAUUUUGAACCUUAUUACUAUGUACUGUAAGGUUCCAUUUCUAAAUCGAACUCUUAAAAUAUUUCGGAUCGAGUUAGGAUAUUUACUUCAAUGACUUUUUGAAGAAAAAUUGUUACUUUGUCAGUAUUUAAAAGCAUAAUAAAGUAAUUUAAGUUUAAUCUAAGAAAAUAUCACAGUAAUAUAAAUAGUAAAUAGGUAACUAUUGUCACAUAUUUUUCGUAAAAUUAUCUAAAUUAUACAUUUUUAUGAGAUUCAUUAAUUUCUUAAAUAAAAUUGACAUGCAACACAUUAAAUAAACAUUAGUGUCACUGCUUUAUCGUUAUUAGGUGUUUUCGACACAUUAAAUUAAUAUACACUGCAUAAAACCAAUGUAUAUUGUAUAUCUACCUGUUCUUAUGCUGCCGUGAUGACAUAAAAGUGACCAAAUAUUUCAGAUUACGAGUGUAAAUAUAUUUUUAAAAUAGUUACACUAAUUUUAAAAUAUCUAUCGAACGUUGUAACGCAAGUAACAUUCACAGCUGACACUUAGUGAAAAUAAUGUUAAAUAACUAACUGCGACCCGAUACUCCAUUCCCAUAGGAAUUUCCCAUAGGAUAAAAGUAUCCUAUAUGCUAUUCCAGAAUAUAUUCUACUCGUUAACAGAUUCAGCAAUUUACAAAAGCUUGCAUUAACCAGUUUAUAUUUAAAAUUAUCCUGGAAUAGUGAUGGGACGCUAGUCCUGUGGGAAGAAUUUUCAGUUUAUAUAAUUGUAGUCAUUUCCCAUGAUUUAACAAUUUGCGUUUUUCUUUCACAACCAGCAUAAGCAAUCCAGACGGGCUAUACAUGAAGUGUGGUAUUUUUCUUAUUUAAUAUUAUACAUUAUUUUGUAUCAUAACACGGGCUUUUAUGUUAUCAGACAGAUGCCAAUCCGGACUCCAUUUGUUAAGAUUGUAUUAUUUUUGUCAAGUAUUCAACAUGUGAAUGCUCUUUUUUCGACCAUAAUUUCGGCACUUGAUUUGGCAUAAAUCGAAAAAUUUAAAUGACAAAUUUUAUUUUUAAUUAAAAUACUUGUAUGGAUAUUAAGUUCGCAUAAGGUCUAUUUUGUAUUUUUACGAGUAAUACUUUCUCCAAUUUGCUUUUUUUCGUAAUCUGUAAAAUUUUGCAAAAUUAUUUAGUGCAAACAAUGUAGACAAAAGUGCAAUUUUAUUUACACAGUGUAAAUAAACCAGAUCUCAAAACGCCCCAGGGCAUUUCAGUGCGUCUUGUAUUUCGACAACAUUCUGUAUAAGUUUGCAAGAUUUCUUAUUAUUAAGUUUUUUCAGCACAAAUUCUUCUUUUAUUUUGUCGUGUGUACAGACUAGACAUAACCAUGCAUUUCUUAACUGCCAUUUUAACCCUAAUUUUCCAUAACUCAUAUUGUUAGAUGUUUGUAAAAAUGUAAAUCAGAUAUUUUUAGACGACAGAGUAAAGGAAUGUGCUGAAUAAUCAGAAAUUUAGUUUGUAAUGAUUAAAAUUAUGAAAGAUUUGUAAUUUUAGAUAAUACAGAAAAUUAAUUACA